CGAAUUGUCACGUCACUUCCGCGGAGUGACGCAACUGCGGGUCAGAGGCAGCAGCAAAAUGGCGGCUCCGGAGGAGCGGGAGCUGUCGGCGGAACAGACCGAGAAGCUACUCCAGUUCCAGGACCUGACUGGCAUAGAGUCCAUGGACCAGUGCCGUCAUACACUGGAACAACACAACUGGAACAUAGAGGCAGCUGUUCAGGACCGAUUGAAUGAGCAAGAGGGUGUCCCAAGUGUCUUCAAUCCACCACCUUCUAGACCGCUACAGGUCAACACUGCUGACCACAGGAUCUACAGCUAUGUUGUUUCAAGGCCGCAACCAAGGGGCUUGUUAGGUUGGGGUUACUAUUUGAUAAUGCUUCCAUUCCGAUUUACAUAUUACACAUUACUUGAUAUAUUUAGGUUUGCUUUGCGUUUCAUACGCCCUGAUCCUCGUAGUCGGGUCACUGACCCUGUUGGUGAUAUUGUUUCAUUUAUUCAUAUGUUUGAAGAAAAAUUUGGAAGAAUACAUCCUGUUUUCUACCAGGGAACAUACAGUCAGGCACUGAAUGAUGCAAAGAGGGAGCUACGCUUCCUCCUUGUUUACCUUCAUGGUGAUGACCAUCAAGACACUGAUGAAUUCUGUCGCAACACCCUUUGUGCACCUGAAGUGAUCGCCCUCAUAAAUACAAGGAUGCUUUUCUGGGCUUGUUCCACAAAUAAACCAGAAGGAUAUAGAGUGUCACAGGCCUUACGUGAGAACACCUACCCAUUCCUGGCAAUGAUCAUGCUGAAAGAUCGUAGAAUGACCGUAGUUGGGAGGUUAGAAGGACUCAUCCAACCUGAUGACCUCAUUAACCAGCUGACAUUCAUCAUGGAUGCCAACCAGACAUACUUGGUAUCUGAGCGCCUGGAAAGAGAAGAGAGAAACCAAACUCAGGUCCUUAGACAACAACAAGAUGAGGCAUACCUGGCUUCAUUACGGGCUGAUCAGGAGAAAGACCGCAAGAAAAAGGAAGAGCGGGAAAAGAAGAAGAGGAAGGAGGAGGAGGUGCAGCAGCAGAAGCUAGCAGAGGAGAGACGGCGGCGGACUCUGCAGGAGGAGAAGGAACGGAAAUCUGAAUGCCUUCCACCAGAGCCGCAUCCUGAUGACCCAGAAAGUGUCAAGAUCGUCUUCAAAAUGCCCAAUGACUCCAGGGUGGAGAGGCGAUUCCAUUUUACACAGUCUUUAGCAGUGAUCCAUGACUUCCUAUUCUCUUUGAAAGAGAGCCCGGAGAAGUUCCAGAUUGAGGCCAACUUCCCUCGCCGUGUCCUGCCCUGCCUUCCGACAGAGGAGUGGCCCAACCCACCCACGCUGCAAGAAGCUGGACUCAGCCACACGGAAGUUCUCUUUGUGCAGGACCUCACGGACGAUUGACAUUUUCCCAAAAUACAGAGAUGGAAAGAGAAAUUCCUACUAUAAUACAAUAUUUUUUUUAAAAGACUGCUGCGUACACAUGAGGGAUCAGAGACUGUGGCCUAGGCCAGCCACGCCGUAUGUCUGCACUGGCGGGAGAAACUGCACACUCACGCACACGCAACCCCUUUUACAUCCAGAGGGCCGAUGGGAGGGGCCACGGUUUGCCCUCCCGAGAGAGGGGGAGAAACGGCAGCUCUUGGUAAAUAUUGCUUUUAUUGGAAAUAAUAUACCCCAACAUUCUGACAUUAGAACACCCAACGUUUUGCUGCUUGUGACAGCUAAAGGACACCGUACCUGUGGGCCAGGUUGUCUUCUGCCCAGGUAGGGGAGGGAUGGGCAGAGGGUCUUUUUUUCCCUUCCAGCUUCUUACUCUGUAUAAAUCUCUUAAAUAUUUCUUUUGCUUUGUAAUGACCAAAGGAGAACGGGGGUAACAGUGGUUUUUGGUUUAUUUUGUUUUAUAAGGAGCUGGUUGACAUUCUUAACCACAGGGGUUCUUCUCCAGGGUUGUUAGCCUGCGUAGUGUAAUAAACUCUGCCUCUAGUGUGCCUGUGCUAACA